ACGAUCCUGAUACGGUCAUAUCGUUGGUCAUCUUUUGUUUAUUUUAUUAUAAUUUCGAACAAAGAUCGGCUGGAAAUGAGUUUAUCCGGAACAGGUAGUGCAUCGGCGUUCUCCAGCUCGGACACCGCGGCUCUGGAGAGAAACACGGAGACGGAGGAGGGGGUGACCUUCGAACAAAUUUGGAACGAAAAUCACAGGAAAGUAAGCUGCGAUUGGAUUCGCCAAAAUGGUUACAAAAGGGUGUGUCUUCAAUUCCCGGAUGGCUAUCUGCCUCACAGCAAUGCCAUCAGUGUGGCUCUAACCGAGCUGCUGGCAUCGGAUGACGUGAAAGUCUUUAUCCUGGCAGAUACUACCUAUGGAAGUUGUUGUGUGGAUGAGAUAGCAGCUGCCCAUGUUGAGGCGGAUAGUGUGAUUCACUUUGGAAAUGCCUGUCGCAGUAGGGCCACACGCUUGCCCGUGCUUUACCUUUAUCCGCAGAUGCCGCUGGAUGUGAGUGCUCUUCUUGAAAAAUUGCAGACGCUACGUGCAGAGUCUAAGGGGAGAGAAGUGUGCGUCUAUUUGGAUAUUGGCUAUCAGAAUUUAAAUGGAGAAGACCUAAGGCAGCAACUUGAAAAUGCCCUACAACCGAAGAAUCUUUUACUGAAGCUAUUUCCCCCUAUUGAGGGAGAUGCAUCCGCUGACGCUACCAAUCUGGAGCGCAUAUGCAUUUUUAUUGGUUCGGAUAACCAGCGCUUUGCUAACCUAUCUCUGAGUGCUCCUGCUGCGAUUCAGUGGUAUGUAUUCGACGGCACUGCUAGCACCCUCAGCUCAAAGAACCCCCUUACGGCUCAAUACAUCCGCCGUCGCUACUUCCACAUCGAAAAGUGCAAGGACGCACAAACGUUGGGUCUAAUUGUGGCAACGUUGACGGCCGAAGGCUACUUGGAUGUGGUGGCACGUCUGCAGACCAUGGCAAAGGGCAGAGGCAUUAAAACACAGCUCAUAUCUGUAGGAAGAAUCAACCCGGCCAAACUAGCCAACUUCCUGGAGAUCGAUUGCUUCGUUUUGAUUGGCUGCCCCUUUAAUAACAUGUACGACUCCAAGGAAUACUACAAACCUAUUGUUUCCGUCUUCGAAGCAGAGAUGGCUCUAAAUCCAGCUUGGCACAUGAGGUAUCCCGAGGCCUAUGUCACAGACUUUAAGCAGUUGUUACCGGAAGGUCGCAGCUUCCUGCCCUUCGAUGUGGGAGCCAUUCCCGAGAACGAUGUUAGCUUGGUUAGCGGAAAGCUGAGAGGAGCCGUAAACGAAUCGCUGGAAACCGCAGGAGAUACCGCCUCCCUGGCCCUGGCUACUCAGGCCAAAAUGGCUCUAAUGACCACGGACACGGGGCUCUCCUUCGAGGACCGCACCUGGCAGGGAUUAGACCCAGCUCUGGGACAAACAGAGCCCGCCCAGCUUCAGCAGGGUCUUUCUGGUAUUCCCAUCAAGUAUACACAUCAAUAAAGGCCAUCACUUCU